CUUUCAUUUAUUGUAACGACAAUUUAGAAAAUCGACUUGCGCUCACCUUCCAACUCGCCAUCCACCUAUUCUCAGCGAGUAAACGGUCUCUACAAGACUUUCUACACCAAUCUCGCUAUGUCUCAGCAACUCCCUUCCAUCACCUACCGCUGCUGCCAGCUAGCAAGUCGGACCCAAAAACGCAGUCUCUCAUCACAAUGUCUCCGACUUUCAUCAACGAGCUAUUCCGCCAGCACUCAACACCGGCAACAACAGAGGAAAGCUGAUGGUUUGAUGUCUUCGCGGAGAUGGCAGUCCACAGAUGCAGCAGCAGCAGCUCCUGCAAACCCCAAGAUUGCUGGAAUUGUCGAUCAAAUAUCGCAGUUGACGCUCUUGGAGACGGCUGAUUUGGUUGCUAGCUUGAAGUCCCGCCUCAACAUCCCUGAUAUGGCAUUUGCUGCACCGGCAGCAGCUCCUGGCGCUGGCGGCGCCGCAGCCGCCCCCGUCGAAGAGGAAGAAGCCGCACCUGCACCGGCCGAAAAGACCUUGUUCAACGUCAAGCUCGAGUCGUUCGAAGCUGGCGCCAAGCCAAAGAUUAUCAAGGAAGUCAAGUCCCUGCUCGGCUUGAGUUUGGUGGAUAGUAAGAAGUUCGUCGAGGCUGCUCCUAAAUUGUUGAAGGAAAGUGUGCCAAAGGAAGAUGCGGAGAAGAUGAUCAGUGCUUUCAAGGCUUUGGGAGCUGUUGUCAGCAUGGAUUAGAGGACUAGAGUCAGGACGAGGGUCAACAGGGAGGGAGCGAGCUACGGUGGAGGUGACGAAGAAAGAGAGAGAGAUUCGAGUCUUCCAAUCGACGACACGUGCCAUCGACCUGGUUAAGGAAGCUGAACAAGGCUGAAGCUUCAAGACCUCGGGCUAGAGGCACACUGCAGUGGUGUUUGGUUGCUCUAUCCAUGGGGCAAUUGAAACACACUUCCUAUCCAAAGAAGAGGCGGAAGAAGGGGUCGAUGGGAUUCAAUGGCUUGGUAAAGCCAGGUGUACUGAAUAGACCUCUGUUGCAAUGGUUUGGGAGAUGUUGUGUACAUUACAGAUCUGGAACAGACCCAAAAUAAGCGUUGUACAGUUCCAGGCCGCGGAACGAGUUUAAUCACUUGCCUGCCUGUCCCUUGUAAAGUCAACUCGUGGGCUGUGAGCUGUGGACUGAAGGGUGUGCUUCUUGUUUUUGUAAACGAUUCAAGGUCUGUCCAACUGGCGACGCCGAGCUCUACCUUUAUUGCCGUAUAUACAAAUCUAUAAUCGUAUCAUUGACGCCUAA